GAAAUUACUUAUGUAACAUUUAGUGCUAUAAGUUUAAAUAGUAUGAUGUCUAUGUGUGGGAAACAGUGUUCGUAAUAUUUUUGUGGUUGAAGUCAACAUAGGCUUAGUAAGUAGGGUCGACGGGUUGCGGUUUCGUUUGCAAUCGGCCUUUGGAUCAUCUAAUGACAUUUAAUAGGGCUUAGGUGCAGACUGCGGAGUUCGUCAGUCAUCAUUGUGUUCGCGUGGUAGUAAACAUGUUCGAGAUCAGAGAUAAAGUAUUUUUUGUGACGGGGGCGGCCGCGGGGAUUGGAGCUGGGAUGGUGAAGGCAUUUUUGGAUGAAGGAGCGAAGCAUGUAGCAGCACUAGAUGUAGACAUUACAAACGGGAAAGCCUUAGAAGAGGAGCUAAACACAAAGUAUGGAGAAAACAAAGUCAGGUUCCACAAAUGUGACGUCACAACCAAUGAACUGGAUGCGGUAUACGACAAUGUGGUGAACGACUUCGGGUACAUAGAUGUGGUGAUCAACUGCGCUGGCAUCAUGAAUGAUAGGCCUAAUGUGUAUCUUAAGGAGAUUGAUAUCAAUGUGACUGCCCUAAUAAAGAGUUCUUUCAAAGCAUUUGAUCUGAUGCGUAAAGACCAGGGCGGGAGAGGUGGCACGAUAAUAAACAUUUCUUCAAUUGUGGGGCUGUUCCAAGCUCAUCUGCUGCCAGUGUAUACUGCUACCAAGAGCGCUGUGUUGCAGUUCAGCAAUUGUCUUGGGAUGGAGCCACAUUCGACUCGUUCAGGAGUAAGAGUACUGACGCUAUGCUUUGGAUGUACAGACACCAGUCUGUUCAGUGCUACCAAAAUGGGAGCCUUUGACAAAGAGACUGAUGAACUACUGUUUGGUAGUUUAGGAAAAUUGCCUUUACAAACAAUCCAAUCAGCAGUUGAUGGUCUAAUCCACGCAUACAAACACGGCGCGAGCGCAAGUACCUGGUUGGUCACGUCAGACAGACCUGCUGAAGAUAUCACGGGAAACGUCUCCAAAGCAUAUGAAAUAAUGAGUCAGGGUGUAUUUAGUUAAAUAAAGAUGUAGGGAACAUAGAUAUAGAAAAUAGGUUAAAAAAUAUGUUAGUUAGGUGAGGUAAGUCAGUAGGUACAGUGACA